CAUGAACACGACACAUCACGUGGCCGGAUCUGACUUGUUUCCUCGUUAUUUCAUGACAAAUUAAGGAGCUAAACGCCUUCAUGAAUGUUGAGUUGAGCUUCAGCUGGAAGAGCACAAAGAAAAAUUGAGCUGACAUUUGCUUUCACCCCCUCAACGGUAGUGAAUAACUGUUUGAUGUGUGUAUCAACGGCUAGUAUGUCAUUUACACAGAGAAUCCUGAAAUUCCUCAUUACUGUGUCAUUCCUGUUUGGACCCACAACAGCUUGUGUGACACGUCGAUGCCUGGCUAAUGAUCUCAUUAACAAAAACCUGUACAGUGCACCCCAGUCUACGGACUGUGUUACUGAUGUGGACCUCAUCUCCAUCCAGUACGAGACGUUGUCUGUUGAUUCCGAAACUAUGCAGUUGUCUAGCCGCAUUAAAAUUACCAUGGAGUGGACUGACCCAGACCUUGAAUGGUCACAAACAAAUUACACAUUUGACGAAAUCAUGUUGCCUGUUAAGAACAUAUGGACUCCUGAUCUCACUGUGGUGAAUGCAAUAUAUGUGAAAGUAAAACCUGUUACUAACGAUGUAGUGGUGAAAAUUGAUGGCACUGUGAGGUAUACCAUUGUCAUGUACACCACGGUUGCGUGCAGAAUGAACCUCCUCACCUAUCCUUUUGUUCAUGGCUCAUGUCCUGUGGCCAUCAACGGAUGGAAUCAAAGCUCUUGUGGGCUGUAUGUCCAGUAUGGCUCAGUAUCUGCAAUGAUAAAUGAAGGAGCUGAAUGGACCACUUUGUCAGUGAACCUCAAAAUGGAAAACAACACAAAGAACCACAACUAUAUUUAUGUCACUAUGUCCAGUAACCCUUUUAAAACAAUGGUGUCGCUGAUCCUACCCAGUGCACUAAUCAUGAUAGCUGAUCUGGUGAGUUUUGCUUUGCCGCUGACUCAGGGAAAGCGCAGCUCCUUCAAAAUCACACUAGUGCUAAGCUUCACCAUGUUCCUUCUCAUCCUCACUGACUACAUUCCUAACAGUGGACCAUGCAGCCCUCUGAUACGUUAUCACUUCUGCUUCUGCAUGUUCAUUCUGGUGAUGAGUAUGCUGAUAUCCAUGGUGUUCACAAAGGUGGAAGCAGAGGGCAACAUUUUGUGUAGCAGACUUCCAAAGCUGUCUAAACCAGAUCAAACAGGAACACAAUUUGUUGACAUGAUUGCAGAUGGGCAUGCUAUCAGGAAGAUUGUGAAUUUUGUGGAGAAGAUGGAUAAAACAGACAGCGAGAUAAAGAAAAAGCAAAUGUUGGCAACAAAGUUGGACAAAUUCUGCCUUUCGGCAUAUAUAUUCCUCGAUGUCAUUUACAGCAUAUGCAUGAUUACUUUUACCAAAAUACAAUCUUGUGAGGUUGACAAUUUGGAUUUCUGGUAACAGUAAUUCAUUGCAGUUUUCUGCCUCAUGAAGCAUUAUCUAUUAUUUAUGCACUCUCAAUGUAUAUGUACACAUAGAAGCAUAGGGGUUUAUCCAUUGUCAGUAACUAAGGCAACCAUCUGUGUUGCCUUUUAGUAUAAUGUAAUUUUUGAGAAAAUUAAAAUAGUAAAAGCCAUAACAAAUAAACCAUAUUCUUGG